AAGUUCGACCUCCAUGGAUAACUCGGGCUCUAGCAGCAGAUUAGCUCGCACUCGCCCGUCGAUGGUCGCUAAAAAACAUUCUCAAGACGAAUUACCAGUUUUCUCUGGUUGGAGAUCGUAUUUCCAUGACUAGUAACUCUUCAGCAUCUCUUGGUCUAUGUUUUGUUAGGGUUUUGAUUGCUUACUAUGAAGAGUUAGGGUUCUGGAAUCUUAUGGCUUCGGGAAACUAGACUUUUGAAGCUGGUAUCUAGUUUCCCGUUUAAUUCUCUUACUUUUCAACUUUUUUAUUUUGUUCAAAUAUUCUGUAAAUUAAGUAUGAAAAGGUUGAGAUCUUAUGAUGACGAUCUCGAUUCGAUUGGGGAUAGAGGGGUUUUGAAAGAUUGGGGUAGAAGGGAUCAAGAACCAGAUCGUUCGCAUCGGCGAUUUUAUUCGAAAGCUGAAAACGGGCGGAAAGGUUUAUCUUCGUCGUCUGGUUACGAUCGAUCAAUAGAAGAUGAUCGUGAGGUUUCCAGAUCGUUGAGGAAGCGUUUUGAUCAUGAUUCUGAUGGUUUUGAGAGGAGGAAGAGCUUUGAUCGUUAUCGGGAUUGCGGUGAUAGGGGUAUUUCACUUUCUUCACCUCGGACUUCCUAUAGUGGUGACAGGAUUCAUCGGUCGGAGAGCUUUUGUGGCUCUAGGCGGGAGUUCCCCAAGGGGUUUAGGUCAGAGAGGGACCGUUCGCGGCGAGAAGAGAGUGUUUCAUCGUGGCGGAGGUUCGGGGGAAGCAAGGAUGUUGACGAAGAUGCUAGGUUUAAUGUCGACACUGGGAGGGGAAGAAGAGUUGUUUCUGAGGAAAGAGGAAAUGUAAGAUCGCCGCAGGGUUCGAGAGAUGUUCUGAAGUCGUCUCCUUGUUCGAAGGAUUCUGGUGGGGAGCAGUCUAAGAGUACUAAGGUGAAGAAGAACGAAGAAGUGCACAAAGAGAGUGGAAGCAGCAGUGAGAUGGAAGAAGGGGAACUGCAACCCGAAGACGAAGCUACACCUGCACCUGAAGGGGAAGCCAAACCUAAACACAAACCCAAGCCUGAACAUGAAGAACCUGAAGUUGAAGCUGAACCUAAACCUGAAUCUGAACCCAACCAAAAUGCUGAAGCUCCAGGAGUGUGCACUGAGAAUUGCAAGGAAUUGGAGAGUGUGCAUGCCAUCAAGUCAGAGAUGGAUUUGGAGAAAGGAGGGGAAUCUUCAGCUGAAGAGAAGAUAGAGCUCAACGGUAAAGAUAAUUGUGAUGGAAUCCGGGAGGAUGGGACACGAGAGCCUGUGACAGAGGUGGUGAAGGAGAUUGAUAAGGUUCCAGAACGUCUAGGGAACUCUGAUAAUGAAUUGAGUACAAGCAAAGAAGCAACAGUGGCAGAUAAUGUAGGUAGAGAAGGAGAAAAUGCAAGAGAAGAUUGUGAGUCUGUAGGCCCUUGUGUCCGUACACCAGAAGACCACGAUAGAUACGAAGCAACCAAGGACGAGGAUGCUGAGAAACCAUUGCCUUUGGAGGAGGAGCGGAAUGAGGGCAAAGGUAUUGAUUUGGAAGCUGAUGUGAAGGACAUCGAUUUGCUCAAUUCGAAUAAGGAAGUUGCAAAAGCAAAUGGAACACCUAAGGUGACUUUGAACCUCAUAACAGAAAAGUCCACUCAAAAUUCCAAGGAUAAGGGAAAAAGUCUUGCCGUUUCUUCAUAUAAUGAAGCUAAUUCCAUGGAAGAUGGCCUAUGGAAGGAAGAAGAUGUAGUAGUCAGAAGAGAAGCUGCUACGGGAGGGCCAAGUUGUAGGGGUUUUGAGUUGUUCUCUAGUCUUGCUGCAACAAGACAAGAGAAGACAAACAAUUCUGGUGUUUAUAAGCAAAAAGAUGGGAUGCUUAAAAUGGAGCCACUUGACCUUUCUCUGGGCUUGCCAAAUGUAUCAUUAGAACUGCAUUCCCUUGAUCCAAAGCCAGCUCCUGGUUCCCCCAGUCGUAUAAGGAGUGUUCAGUCUGUACCUUCCACAUUUUGGACGGGCUCUGAUGGAUUUACUGCAUCAAUUUCCUUUUCAGGUUCCCAGCCAUUCGUUCAUAACCCCAGCUGUUCUCUCACACAGAAUUCAUUUGACAACUAUGAACAAUCAGUUGGCAGUCAUCCUAUAUUUAAGGGAGUUGAUCAAAUUUCUCAUGGUUCCUGGCAGGUGCAAUCGUCAAAUGACCCUAAGCGCAAGGAAGUUCCCCUGUAUCCAAGGAUUUUACAAAAUGGCAAUGCAUCUCAGUCAUCUCAAGGCAUUUUAAAUCAUCACACUGCACAAGUUCAAGAUCAUAAUAGGAAUUCUGAGGGAACCUCUGGAGUACCUGUUGCCUUGGAUUGGCAGUCAAGUCGGCCAAGACAGCUUACAGGUGUACUGUCAAGGAACCAAGAUGAAAUCAAAUCCCAUGCACAUGGUGUUGUCUCUCUUGAAGUUAGACCAGAGUAUAGUGAGGAUAAGAAAUGGGUAAUGAGAGAGAAAAGAGGUGGUAGUUUAUUUCGCAGUAGUAGUCAGAAGGAGAUAGAACAGCCUGUUGUAGGUGGAACUGGUUUUGUAGAGAGGAUUAUUGCCAUGAUAAUUUUAGAGCCAGUACAAGUAAUGGCCAAGAGAAUUCAUGAAAUGACUGAACAGUCCAUAGCAUGUUUAAAGGAGAGUGUCCGUGAGAUGAUAGUGAAUGAAGAUAAACAUGGGCAGUUACGUGCAUUUCAGGAAGCAUUGCAGAGUAGAUCUGACCUUACACUAGAGACGCUAUCAAAGUGUAAUCGAGCUCAGUUGGAGAUCUUGGUGGCUUUUAAAACUGGUCUUCAAGAUUUUCUCUACCGAGCCAAGGAUUCUUCUCCUCCUGAUUUAGCUGAGAUCUUUCUGAACUUGAAGUGCAGAAAUCUUGCUUGCGGGAGUCCCCUUCCAGUGGAUGAAUGCGAUUGCAAAGUUUGUGCUCAGAAAAGUGGCUUCUGCAGUGCUUGUAUGUGCCUUGUUUGUUCGAAGUUUGAUAUGGCAUCCAAUACCUGUAGUUGGGUUGGGUGUGAUUUCUGUCUUCAUUGGUGCCAUACGAGUUGUGGCUUACGGGAAUCUUAUAUCAGAAACGGGCAUAGUGUCACUGGGGCUCAAGGAACAACUGAGAUGCAGUUCCACUGUCUUGCUUGCAAUCACCCUUCUGAGAUGUUUGGCUUUGUGAAAGAAGUUUUCAAGACCUGUGCAAGGGAAUGGAAAGAUGAGACUCUUUCCAAGGAACUUGAAUAUGUGAAGAGGAUUUUUUCUGCUAGUAAUGAUGUGCGAGGGAAACAACUUCACAAUGUCGCUGAGAAGAUGCAGGCAAGACUAGAAAAUAACAAAUCCAAUCUCUCAGAGGUUUAUAAUCAAAUCAUGGAGUUCCUGACUGUUGCAGAAACUGAUUCCAAGUUGGGCAACACCUCUGCUUCUGGAAAGGAACAAUCCCAUAGGAACCCAGAGUUAAGCAGUGGGGUCUUUGGACCAAGCCAAGAAGCUAUGUGGCUGACAUCUGUUUCAACUGAAAAGACUACUCCACAACUAGAAAAUGCUGGUAGUGGGGUUCCCAUAUUGGAUUGGGAUCGGGUAGGUCGGUCGAAUGAGGAUUCACAGUUGCAGAAGAGUGUAGAAAAGAAACCAGUCAUUGAUGAGCUGGAGAGCAUUGUGAGAAUCAAACAGGCAGAGGCAAAAAUGUUCCAAGCACGGGCAGAUGAUGCAAGAAGAGAGGCUGAAGGCCUGAAACGCAUUGCAAUUGCUAAGAAUGAAAAGAUUGAAGAAGAAUAUGGGAGCCGAAUUACAAAGUUAUGUUUGGCUGAGUCCGAGGAAAGGCGCAGACAAAAGCUUGAAGAACUACAGAUUCUUGAAAGAUCACAUCGUGAGUAUUUCAAUAUGAAAAUGAGGAUGGAAGCGGAAAUUCAAGAUCUGUUGUUAAAAAUGGAAACUGCAAAAAUAAACCUUAGCACUUGAUUUGGCUUGUUUAGAGAUGCAUGUGUUGCACAUUCUCAGCAACCUCAGGUAAUUAUGCUGUCAUAGGGUUGAGAUUUAUGACCCGAAUUGUAGCUUUUAGUCUUUCCCAUUCCCCUCAUCGUUUAUGUGAUCUAUAGGUGUACAAUUAAUUUUUCAGGUUAGUUCCUUUUCUUUUUGACUAGCUUGCUAACCAGAGCUUUGUACAGAGAAUGCUCCACCUAUGUGUUAUGAAUGGCUUCCUGUGAGGAAGAGAAUUGAA